GGCUAGGAUAGAAGAGGGGGAGGCAGAGGCCACGGAAGCUCAGUCUCUCCUAGUCCAGGAAGUGCAGUACAAUGGCGGUUUUUAUGUUUCAGUAGGAGAACCCUGGCCUCUGGAGUUCAGCGCAGAGACUUCGUUGCAGAUCGCUGGCUCUCUACGUAUAUCGCGACCCGAAGACUCAGUUCCUGCCUUUGCUCAUUGGUGGGUGGUACCAUUACCUAGAGUAUCCUGGUUACAUAUUCUGGUGACUCCAUCAGACAGCUUGGGAACCCUCCGAUCCAUCAAGAUGAGCUUCCAGGCCACACCCACACUCCUACAUCUGGCAGUGCGGAGCCUGCUGAGGAACGAGGCCUUGGCCGUCUCUGGUCUGCAGGACCUGCCCGUGGAGCUCUUCCCACCGCUCUUCAAGGAGGCCUUCACCCACAAACGGUUUGUGGUCCUGAAGGCGAUGGUGCAAGUCUGGCCUUUCCCUUGUCUCCCACUGGGAGGUCUGAUGAAGAUGAAGGCAUCCUACCUGGAGACCUUACAAAUCAUACUGGAUGGGAUUAACAUACUGCUUGACCAGAAGGUUCACCCCAGUAGCCACAAACUGAGAGUUCUGGAUUUGCGUGCUAUGCACAAGGACUUUUGGAAUGUGUGGGCUGGGGAUGAGGCAGCUGCCGGCUCUCUAGAAGUCAAGCGUAAGAAGAAAACACAAGGCAGAGGUGCAAGGGUAGUGGCCAAGCAGUCGUUGAAGGUGUUUAUAGACAUGUGCCUCAAGCCAAGAGCCCUGGAUGCAUGCAUGUCUUACCUCCUGCUGUGGGUGGAAGGGAGGACAGGCUUGCUGGGCUGUAAGAAGCUGAAGAUCUCCACGAUCGCUCUCCGGAACAUCGUGAAGGUUCUGGAAAUGCUGGACCUGGACUAUAUGGAGGAAGUGGAAGUGUGCUGCACCUGGAAACUGUCCACCCUGGCCAGCUUUGCUCCCUACAUGGGCCAGAUGCGCAGUCUCCGCAAGUUCCUUCUCUCUCAUGUCUGCAUCCCUGUCCCCAUUUCCCUUGAGGAGAAGGGGAAGUUGAUCGACCAGUUUACCUCGCAGUUUCACAACCUGGAGUACCUCCGCGAGCUCUCGUUGGACUCCAUCUCCUUCCUUGAAGGUCAACUGGACCGGUUGCUCAGGUGCCUGAAGGUCCCCUUGGAGACUCUGUCUAUCACUGACUGCCAGCUUUCGGAAUCAGAUUUGAAGUCCCUGACCCAGUGUCCAGGCAUCCGUCAGCUCAAACAUCUGGAUCUAAGUGGUGUCAUACUGACCAACAUAAAU